GCCGCGACGAUCACCGCCCAAGCCUGUGUGACGCACGGUGGUGGUGAGCAGGCAAGUCAAUGCCAGGUGCCACAUGUGGAUUUCGAUGUGAGCGGCCUUCCAUGUACAGACAACUCUCGGGCAAAGAGGGGCAGAGAGCUUGAAGAAGGCCCAACAGGACCGCUUUUUGCAAUUUGGGCAUUGAGGUAUCGCCGCUACAGGAUUCCUCUGGGCAUUCUGGAGAACACACCAGAUCUGCGCGUGGAUGUAAUACAUUCAUUGCUGGGAGACCUGUACAAUUUACACCCCAUUCUGGUUGAUAUGGACCACUGUGGGCAUGGUGGCGCCAGUCGCAAGCGCGUCUAUGUGAUUGUGGUGGCCUCCAAGACCCAGACCAAAUGCUUGGUUGACCCUAUCACACUCUAUAGGGCGUUGGUUGAGGAACUACACCAACGGCAAACUAGCUUGGAUUGCACCACCGCACCAGGGGACUACCUCACUGCAGACCCAAUGGAGAUCCAGCUUGAUGCAAUGGAAGUGGCCCGCUCUAGUGGCAAGGAGUUCAGGUCAAAUUGCAAGAGCCUUGACUACCUCCUGACUGAAAGGGAGGCAAAGGUGGUUGCAGAGCUUUCCCAUGAGUACCAAUCAAGGUAUCAACGUGACCCACAGACUGAUGAACAUCUUUGCGUGCUCUUGGGAGACAAUCCCCAGUGGGCUCGGACAUGGUCGGCUGUGAGUGGCAAAGUUCCAACAUUUCGCCGCAAUGCUGCUGGAAAGUUCUGGUACCCUGCACACCAAAGAUUUUUGACCAGCUGUGAGAAGCUGACAGUCCUCUCCUUUCCCAUCCGGCAAGCAAUGGGGGAUGCGAUUGGGUGCGAGCCAAUCCCAGUGCGAGAUCCCAAGAGGGCAGCAGCUCUUGUUGGAAAUGCAAUGGCCUUCUCCUGUGUGGCGUUGGUGGAGAUGGUUGCCCUAUCCUGCUUCCAAUUGAGGGAGUGACUUUCUAGGGCAAACACUAGGCGAUGGUUUGGCGUGCCUGUGGUGUCAAGGUCAGCUGAUGCUCUCACCUUGUGUACAGUGACAGGCAGGCUAUAAUGUCCCAGAAUGUUGCUUGACAACACUUGGCACUGUCACCUGCUGUGUGCUGG